AGAUGAGAAGGCGGGGCUGAUCGUGACGUCACGUGAUGGCAAACAUGAAAAUCUGACGGAAGAUUACACGGAGUGGCACGCACAGAAAAUAAACACAAGUUAGGAUUCAACAAACCGCUGUGUGAGCACCACAGGUGCCGCACUCACCCUCCCUCCGCCUCCCUCCGUUAGGUGUUGAGCAGCAGUCUCCGGGCUCUCUCGCCCCUCUCCUCUUGCCUCUGUGUGUGACCUGCGUUGUGAGGCAGGCCGGCCGGGCAGGCAAACGGAGCAGCGGCAUCAUGGGAAACACCAGCAGCGAGAGAGCGGGCAUGGGGCAGGGCGAGAAGACCCACAGGCGGGACAGCAGGGGUGCCAAGGAGGGGGACAGGCCCAAGAUCCUUAUGGACAGCCCCGAGGACGCAGACAUCUUCCACGGGGAGGACAUGAAGGCUCCAAUGGAGAAGGACGAGUUCUUUGCCUGGCAGCAGGACUUGGAGGCCAAUGUCAAGGGCCCGGUGGAGGACCGGCCCACCGUCUUCCGCUGGACCGGCAUGGGCAAGGAGGUGUUCGUGGCCGGCUCCUUCAACAACUGGACCAACAAGAUCCCCCUGACCAGGAGUCAGAACAACUUUGUAGCUAUAGUGGACCUGCCUGAGGGAGAGCACCAGUAUAAAUUCUACGUUGACGGCAAUUGGAUCCACGACCCAACAGAGCCGGUAGUGACCAAUCAAAUGGGGAGUGUUAACAACAUCAUCCAGGUGAAGAAGACGGACUUUGAGGUCUUUGAUGCCCUCAUGGUGGACUCCCAAAAAUGCUCAGAUAUGUCAGACCUCUCCAGCUCUCCCCCUGGUCCGUACCACCAGGACGCCUACACUCCCAAGCAGGACGAGAAGUUCAAGUCUCCGCCCAUCCUGCCCCCUCACCUGCUGCAGGUCAUCCUCAACAAGGACACGGGCAUCUCGUGUGACCCAGCCUUGCUCCCAGAACCCAAUCACGUCAUGCUGAACCACCUCUAUGCACUAUCCAUAAAGGAUGGAGUGAUGGUACUGAGCGCCACGCAUCGUUACAAGAAGAAGUACGUCACCACACUCCUCUACAAGCCCAUUUGAGACGCCACACUCCCUACUGAACAAAACUUCUCUUUUUUUCUGUCUGCUUUUCUAACUCUCUCUCUCUCUCUCUCUCUCUCUCUCUCUCUCUCUCUCUCUCUCUCUCUCUCUCUCUCUCUCUCUCUCUCGCUCAUGAAGCAAGUUACUGUCCGUGUAGUGCACAAGUGAUCUGCUGUACAAACAGGAAGACAGACAGAUACACGAGCCAAUCAAGAUAGCAUUUUGAAUUCUUCACUCAGUGCAGCUGCUCCACUUCACAGUAGUCCAGGAUUAACCCUUGAAUUACCCAUGUUCGAUCUGGGCUGGGUUGCGCUUAAUAUUGGCUACAUCUACCCUGCCUUGUAAUCCAUUCCAGAUUUGGCCUGGGUUUUAUAAACUCAAGGCAGAACCCCAUUCUCAAAGGCAUUGUUGCUAACUAAUUAGCAACUUAGUACAGUAGGUUGCAAUGCAAUUUCUCAUUACCAACCAACUUUAAGUGUCUAAGAUGGUUAGCAACUACGCUGUCGAGAAACUCCUCCAGAUCAGAGCUAACUGGACUGGAGGAUCUUGGUGCCCUCAUGUAUCUCACACGUCACACCUGUGUCAGUACAGGUCCAUAUAGCAAAUGGAUCAUGGUUACUGUACUUGUAUGCAAUAGUUGCUACGUUUACAUGACGUUUUUAAUUCCGAAUGAAUAAUUCCGAAUGAAAUUGUUCCAUCGAGUUCCCUUUGAUCUUUCAUUAAAUUCCGAAUUUGAAGUGUUUACAUGACGGUUUCAAAGCGGAAUUAAGAUUUAUUCUGUAUUAAAGUGAGUUCAUUUGGAAUUAAAUGUCCCAUGUAAACGUAACCACUAGAGUUCUGUAUCUGAAAUUAUCAUGAUUGACGCAUGUGGGAUUGAAAGACAAGUCCUCUGCAGUGUUAAGUUUGUGACAUCCCUUACACUCCCUUUUAAGAAAACUAUAUGUUUCUUUUAAGAGAAGGCCUAUUGUGUUUCUGGCUCGGUCUUAGGUUUCACCGUAUCUCACCAGACUAAGUAGAACUUGAAUGUGCGAUGGCGUUUUUACUGCUUUUUUUCCUCCCCAACAAAGCUUCUUGUGUUACAAUUUUGUUUGAGAGUGUAGUGAAUGGACGCGCCAGGACAAUAGAGUCACUCAAAAAGCUUUUGAGUUAAAGGUUUAUUCAUCAUACAAUAUGAUUCUCACUUUACUCUCUCCGCUUGCCAAAGUCCACACAAAGGCCUACAAGUAUCCUGGGCAUAGGCACUUUGAAUCUGUUUGAGCAUUUUACUCUUCACAUAUUAUACACGUAUACAGAAAUGCGUUUGUGUUUUUUUUU